AUGGAAAGAUCAUCAACAAGCAGCUGCGACGAGACGAACGGGCUAAAGAAGGGGCCGUGGACACCCGAAGAAGAUCAAAAGCUCGUCGAUUGCAUCCGAAAGUAUGGACAUGGAAAUUGGAAAGAGGUAUCAAAGCUCGCCGGACUCAAUCGAUGUGGAAAGAGUUGCCGGUUAAGGUGGACUAAUUAUCUACGCCCCGAUAUCAAAAGAGGAACCUUCUCCGAGGACGAAGAACAAACAAUCCUCGAACUUCAUGCUCUUCUCGGAAACAAGUGGUCAACCAUAGCAAGUCAUUUACCGGGACGAACUGAUAACGAAAUCAAGAAUUUCUGGAAUACUCAUCUAAAGAAGAAACUACUUCAAAAAGGGAUUGAUCCAACCACCCAUAUGCCUAGAACUGACAAUCUCCUCAUCAAUUCCCUUGCAAAUAUUCCACCUGAUCAGCUUCUUGCAGCUGCAAAUAAUUUAUGCAUUAACAAUGCUCUAGCAUGCCAAUGUUCAACUACUGCUAUAGAACUUGCCAAAAUAUUAUACUUUGUGUAUUUGAUGGAAAGAUCAUCAACAAGCAGCUGCGACGAGACGAACGGGCUAAAGAAGGGGCCGUGGACACCCGAAGAAGAUCAAAAGCUCGUCGAUUGCAUCCGAAAGUAUGGACAUGGAAAUUGGAAAGAGGUAUCAAAGCUCGCCGGACUCAAUCGAUGUGGAAAGAGUUGCCGGUUAAGGUGGACUAAUUAUCUACGCCCCGAUAUCAAAAGAGGAACCUUCUCCGAGGAAGAAGAACAAACAAUCCUCGAACUUCAUGCUCUUCUCGGAAACAAGUGGUCAACCAUAGCAAGUCAUCUACCGGGACGAACCGAUAACGAAAUCAAGAAUUUCUGGAAUACUCAUCUGAAGAAGAAGCUACUUCAAAAAGGGAUUGAUCCAACCACCCAUAUGCCUAGAACUGACAAUCUCCUCAUCAAUCCCCUCGCAAAUAUUCCACCUGAUCAGCUUCUUGCAGCUGCAAAUAAUUUAUGCAUUAACAAUGCUCUAGCAUGCCAAUAUUCAACUACUGCUAUAGAACUUGCCAAAAUGUUAUACUUUGCUAUCUUCCAGCCUGGAUUUGAAGAUACGUCGAUAAAAUCUACUCAACACGUUAAUGGCACCAAUCAUGAAUAUGGGACAUCAGCAUCUUCCUUUCACGGUAGCGAUAAUUAUUCGAUGCCAGAACUGGUUCCGGCAUCCUCCUCAGAUCCGCCCUUCGUAGCGAAUAGAGAUGAUCAAACUAAUAAAAGCAAUAUUAUAAGCCCAAAAGAUCAAUUCUCAAACUCAUCUACCUCAACCACUUUUGAUGCUUUGGGAGAUCUUAUGGAUGAUGAAGCAAGCAAGUACUACUGGAAACAAAUUAUAGACCAAGACGCUUCCUCGUAG